AUGAAAAUUGUGCGCAAAAUCAUAAGUCAAGUACGAAAUAUCGACACAAAGAUACGUGACGGAGCCGAGCUGCUCGGAAGUUGCGUUCUACCUACGGAACAUUCCAACGAAGAGGCAGUCGAAAUUGGGCUGCCCGACUCCUUCAGACAUUUGGCAACCCUACGACUCGAAGAAGGCUGGUUGACUGCGCGGUGCACGGAUCAAGCUGACCCAAGUACCUUGGGAGUGAUUGCAGCUGCUGGUGUACAGCCUCUUCGCACAACAAACCCAUCAAUAGAAUAA